AGCGGAGGGGAAGCUGAGUCUAAGACAUCGUCCUCCAGCCUCUUGGCCUGGUCCUGAUGGAAAAACAACUGCUCGGGACAAGUCAGAGCAGCCCAGGGAGCUGCAGCAACGCCCGGGGAGCGUGACAUGCCUGGUCCUGCCAGAGCAGAACGCAGCCUGCCCUGGCUGGGCUCCAGGGGACGGGGGGAGAAAUAUCCCUGAGAAGGCCUGGCCUUAAACCACUGAAGAAUUUCAGGGAGAUUUAAACUAAGAAGUGAUUUUGCCCUGACUAUCUUAAGCCCUUAAACAUUAUCUACUCUAAGAGACAAGAAAACGGGUGUGGAGUUAAGUGCAGGAAGAGAUGGGGUGGUCAGAAAAGUGAGGUGAUUUACCUUUCUGCAAAGUAUUCAGCCAUAUGCCAGGAGGAGGCGACGGGUGAGGGGCUGCACGUCUUACCAAAUUAUGUGCUGGCUUCCAAGUGUUACUGGGACCAGCUCAACUUUGGCUGCAGCAUCUUAAAACUUUCACAAAGCUAGAGCAAAGCUCUUUUAAAAUAAACAGUAAUUGCCUAAAAUCAGUGCUACAUCGACGUCAGCUAACAUCUUAAGUGAAUGUCUUUAUUUUGCAUCUUUUUCUGUUUCUUAAGGAUUAGCUGCUUUUACCCACUUUGUAUCUGACAAGUAAACAGAGUCUAUUUAUUUAUUUGAUAAUUAUGCAUUUAUUACCCACUCUUUCCCAGCAAGUUGAGUCAUUUCUCUUGCAUGCACAAGUAAAUAACAAUUUUUGGCCCGAUCACCCUUUCUCAAGUGACACAUUCCCUAUUCUUCUGUUUACUGCCAUUUGAACCGUACUUGCCCGCAGCGCGCAGCAUUGCGAUGCCCGCAAGAAAACUGUAGGCUCGGGGAGACUAAAGCUUUAACAAAACAUGACCGACACAGAUUUCAAAUUGAACGUAUUUGCGUGCGUUCCACAAAUAUUUGAACAACGGGGCUUCUUUCACGCCACAACUUCUCUGCCGAGAGCGGGCCUGUGACAUUUGUUUUUCGUGCGGUUGUCCAGCGUUUGCCCGGUGUUGGCGUGGGUGAAGCUCGCCCCAGCGCAGCGUGGGACCCGCAGCCCUCCCAUCCCGCUGUGCCAGCGCCAGAAGUCUUGGAGGCGAACGGCAAGCGAAAGGGAAAGAAAACCCAAAAAAGACCGAGUGGGAAGGAAACGGUGAGGGGAGAGGCAGAAACGCUGGGAAAGAAAGUCAUAUGAUUUGAAACAGUCAACAUGGACUUUUCACGUCUACACACGUACACUCCUCCCCAAUGUCUGCCAGAGAACACUGGCUAUACAUAUGCACUCAGUUCAAGUUACUCUUCAUCUGCUUUGGAUUUUGAGACUGAAAACAAAAUAGAUCCAGUAUUUGAUUCACCAAGAAUGUCACGGCGUAGUUUACGGUUAGCUGCUGCAAGAUUUAAUAAAUCAGAUGAUGCACAAAAUGAUGUCCCUCAUGACAGCUCUUAUGCUGGAAACAUGUCCUUCAGAGAACAGUCUUACAAGAUGUUGAAGCAAUGCAAAAGUACAAAUAAACAAUCUGGCAGUGUAAGACACACACCAAGGAAAAAUCUAUCCAGCUCUUCCAUUUUUAGCCAAAGCAGUUUCAAUAGCCAUGCCAGUGAUGCAUCAAUGGUAUCCACUGUAUUGGAUGAAUCUUUGAUUCGAGAGCAGACAGAAGUUGAUCAUUUCUGGGGUCUUGAUGAUGAAGGCGACCCUAAAGGUAGCGAUACUACACCGAUGCAGGGAAAUGGUGAUAUCGCAACAGCAGAAACACCGACCGCAAUGAUCAAUGGCUACACUUGCAGCGACUGCAGCAUGCUUUCUGAUCGGAAGGAGGUUCUUACAGCAUACUCGGCUUCUCAUGUGCCAUCUUCCAGAAUUUACUCUAGGGAUAGGAGCCAGAAACAUGCAUCUAGAGGAACCUAUUUCUACAUGAGUAAGAUUCUGCGAUUUGUCAAACAUGCUGCAGCAUCUUUUGCAUCACUAUUAGUGCAACUAUUUCAAAUGGUUUUGCUGAAGCUGGGUUAUGAAUUUAAAGCUCACUCAGACUACUGCGGAAGCAUGAAUGUAAAGGAGUUUUACAGAGAAGAUAGCCAUCUUGGUGUAAAUGAGGAAUCAAUAUGUGAUGACUGUAAGGGGAAGAAACAUCUUGAAAUAUACACCACAGACCACACGCAAUCCUCAUGGGCUAAAAGGGUAGCAAGGACCAUUUGGCACACCUUUUCUUAUGCAGGUUACUUUAUGCUUCACGCGUUGCAAACAGUGGGAGCAACCGGAUGGCUUGUGUCUCAGAAGGUGUUGUCUCUACUUUGGCUGGCCAUUCUUUCUCCAGGGAGGGCAGCUUCUGGCAUGUUCAGGUUGCUUGGAACAGGGUGGUAUCAACUUGUUGCUCUGAUGUCCUUGCUCAAGGUGUUUCUUCUAAGAAGAUGCCUUCCAAAGAUCUACAAGCUGUUACUGUUUCUUAUCCCACUCCUGUUUCUACUAGGUAUAUGGUUCUGGGGGUUUGAUGGCUUCAUUUCAUCAUUACCUUCGUUGAACUGGACAAGAAUUGAUAGAAUACAGAGAAUAGAUGACUCUAUUCAUGUUCCUGAACGACAGGAUGAUUUUUUUCACUCUGUGCAACCCCCAAAGGAUACCAUAAAUACCUUUGAUUCUGGUCGUAUAACUGAGCUGGAAAAGCAAAUGGCCUUCGUGUCUGACAGAUGCCAUCACCAUGAUGAAGAAUAUAGCAAAGUAAUGCUCCUACUCCAUAAUCUUCAAGAUCAGGUUGCCCAGAUGAGUGACAAAAGUGAAACAUUGAAGCUAAUAAAAAAUGUGAUUGGUCAACAUCUUAAAGAUAUGAAGCUGGAGGAAAAGACUGACUUCCUGGCUUUACAUCAAGAACAUGAGUUGCGCAUCCUGACACUGGAAGACCUUCUUGGAAAACUCUCUGCUGAAUCCAAGGACAUCCAGAAGGAGCUUGACAUAGCGAAAGCAAAAACAGUGAGAGACAAUGAUGAACAUGGUCAACUUUUGGACAAAGUUAAAAAGCUAGAACUAGAGUUGUCUCAGAUGAAAUCGGAGCUGUUAACUGGGGAAAGCAUGAAGACAAGUUGUGAGAAAACAGAUGUCAUUCAUGAAAAAGUAGAUGCCCAGGUCAAAGAAUCUGUGAAGCUAAUGCUUUUUGGUGAUCGACAAGAAGACUUUCCUGAAUCGCUUCUCCAAUGGCUGACGUCCAAUUUUGUGAGCAAAAGUGAUCUGCAGACUUUGCUGCGUGAUCUAGAGUUGCAGAUCCUCAAGAAUAUUACUCUCCAUAUGUCUGUUACAAACCAAAAACUAACAUCUGAAGUAGUAACAAAUGCUGUGACUAAUGCAGGGAUUUCUGGAAUCACGGAAGCGCAAGCACAAAUUAUUGUAAACAAUGCACUGAAACUCUACUCUCAAGACAAGACUGGUAUGGUGGAUUUCGCCUUGGAAUCUGGAGGUGGCAGUAUUCUGAGUACUCGCUGUUCUGAAACCUAUGAGACUAAAACAGCAUUAAUUAGCCUCUUUGGAAUUCCUCUGUGGUACUUCUCUCAGUCUCCCAGAGUGGUGAUUCAGCCGGACAUGUAUCCAGGAAACUGCUGGGCUUUCAAAGGAUCGCAGGGGUAUCUUGUAGUUAGACUUUCAAUGAAGAUCUAUCCAACUGCCUUUACAGUGGAACACAUACCAAAAACACUUUCACCAACAGGAAAUAUCACCAGUGCUCCUAGGAACUUUUCAGUAUAUGGUCUAGAUGACGAAUAUCAAGAAGAAGGCAAGCUUCUAGGACAGUAUGUCUAUGACCAAGGAGGAGAACCACUGCAGAUGUUUCCAGUGAUGGAGAAAAGUGAAAAUGCAUUCCAAAUAGUAGAAUUGAGAAUUUUUUCUAACUGGGGACAUGCAGAAUAUACAUGCCUUUAUCGGUUCAGAGUGCAUGGGAAACCUGCCGAAUAAUCUCCGACACUACAGCUUGGGUUGUUUUUGUUGUUGUACAUUUUGUUCUCAAUUUGUAUAUACCGGAAAGCCUAGAACACUGGAUUCUUUAAAGGACGAGGAUACAAGAUAUGCACUGCAGAGCUAUUGAUCCUCUGAUAAAGGCAGAAGACUGUCAGCAGAACUGUAUGAAAAAUAAUUUUUAUUUGCUCUAAUGCGCAGCUUGUAAUUGCCAGUUAGCUUUAUAUUUUUGUGUCCAUGCUGAGAGAAAUAAUGCAUGCAAACUACUCUGGUUCAUAAAGCCCAGUUGGCAAACAGGUGACACCUAUUUUAUUACAAAUGAAUGUAUAGGUUUUUUAAAAGAAUAAACCACACUUUCUGCAACUAGGAAUCUGGUUUUUUUAAAUCCAGGACUUAACUGCAUACUUCUGUUAGUUUGGCACCAUAAGCCAAAAACUGUGGUACAUUUUAAAGACUGACUGUGGCAAAAGGUGUCCUUCAGUUGACCCUUGGGUUUGACCUUUUUGGUGGAUCCAAAAGGGUGGCUUUGAUACAUGUUGGAAUAUAAUAAAUACUACUGUCAGGGAAAGUUAACACAACCAAAACUAGUUUAAACACCAGCGACUGAGAAUGCUUUACUGUGAUUUGUGGCCAUGAAUUGCUCUAAAAGUCAGGGAUAACUUUAACUGCAGUUAUUUUAAGGGUUUUUACCAUAGCAACUUGGCCAGUUUGUUCUUUAGUGUUAAUUCCAACUCGACCUUGAUGUACUGACUAACUGGAUCGGAGCUGAUAAGCCUGCUAAAUUGCUUAGUAAACAUUAGUAUACAGCAAUUAAACAAUCUUAAUAUGUCAAAAGUGAUCUCUUUGCGACAAGAAUUCCUUAGGCUGGUUCAUUGUUAUACUCGGUAAAUGUUGUACUGUGAGAAUGCAGUAUGUGGAAUAAACCUUGCUACUUCACAUUUACAAGAGGGACUUCUGCUCAGUACUGCUGUAUUGAAAUAUAUGGGCAUUCUUUAGAUCAUCCCCAGAAACCUUAGUCGGGUGUGAGAAGAUUAGGGUGAUGUCUUGCUCUCGGAAGCAACAUUUCCAUGCAGAAUGAGAUGAAACUGCUUAUUGGCCCCCUUAGGACUGCUACUUUGAAGAUCUUUUUCAGAAAAGAUUCCUGAAAUGUACUUGUAUGCAGAAUUUUUAUCUUGCUGUUAUAAUGCAUUUUAUAGUUACACAUGAACUGUUAACACAUGGAACUGCUGACUGGUUUUCUGAAUAGAGUUACAUAUGUUGCACAACAGUCCUCGAAUGUUUUUAAAAAAAAAAAGUCUCCAUGUGAAGAACUUUUUUUCACUUCAGCUAGAGACAGAACCUAUGGCCUACGCAGAGGAGCUCGAUUACACAUGUACAGCUGUUUUCAUAUUAUAGGUUACAUAUUUAAAAUUAGAAUUAUCCUGUGUAAAUUGAAAUUAGGUAGCUGGGGUGGGAAUAUUUUGAAUAACACUAACUUAUUUUUAAAAAAAGCAAGAUAGGACUUUGUGCAAUGUAUUUUUGUAAAUGCUUUUCAAGAUGUCUGUUAUUCUUUGCUGCCUCCAAACUGACAAAAUGCUAUUGAGAUGUUUAAAUAAAGAGUUUUAAUUUUUAAAAGUGCAUGUAAUAUUUGAAACAAGAAAUAAAGCUUCUUUUCUGUA